AAUUGCACUAUGUCAAAAAAAAGGAAAUUUCAAGAACAAGGUUCUCCUGCUCCAGUCAAUAAAAGAAAAUCACUUUUAAUGAAACCCCAGCACUAUAAUCCCACCGAGGAACUUGAAGAAGACAGUGAGGACAAAUCUGAGCUGAUGAGCUUUAAGUUCAUGAAAAAACAUUGUUGUACUACUACAGGUUCAAUAAUUGUUCAAUCAUCUGGCAUGACCACACAUACAAUAGAGAAAAAGUGUAGCUACGAAGACAAUAUCACUGACCAAUCAGUAACGGGAAGGUCAGAAAAAGACACUGUUUUUCAUGCAGUAAUAGAUAGCCCUACUGAAAGUGUAAUUCAAUCGGUAAAAGCCAUUAGAAAUCUCGGAGAAUCAUAUGGUAUCCAAUCCUCCAAGCAAAAAGACUCACCAACAUUUUCUUCUGAUGACAAUAAAGGUAGCCCUGCAAUAACUGAAAAUGGAUGGGAUAGUUCUUCCAGUUAUUCAGAUGAAACUAACUCAAAGGACCAUAUGACUGACAGAUUCAGUAAUGCAAUGAAGCAGAAAGUUGAAAUAGAUAGUAGUGAAGGAAAAGAGUUGGAAAGUGACUCAUUGGCCGGAAUAUCAAAAAAUGAUGAAAUAAAUCAAAAUCAGAUUCCUGAAAGUGAGGAAGAUGAUAAAUGUCUCUCAGUUAUUACAGAGGAGUCAGUGGAUCUGGAUAAAACAAAAGGGAAUUUGAGCCUGCUGGAACAAGCAAUAACUUUACAGGCAGAGCAAGGUCAUAUGUUCCAUAGUACCUACAAAGAACUUGACAUGUUUUUGAUGGAACACCUAGCAAGAGACAGAAGACAAACGAAAGUAAUAGAUGGAGUUGGGCGGCAAAUAUAUACCAGCAAAAAUUCACCACGUCUUGAGAAACGUGAGACGAAAUGCCCCAUACCAGGCUGUGAUGGUACUGGUCAUGUUACAGGACUCUAUCCACAUCAUCGCAGUCUGUCAGGGUGUCCUCAUAAAGUUCGAGUGCCUUUAGAAAUUUUGGCCAUGCAUGAAAAUGUUCUAAAGUGUCCAACACCAGGAUGUACGGGAAGAGGACAUGUUAACAGUAAUCGCAACACACACAGAAGUCUUUCAGGUUGUCCAAUUGCUGCAGCUGAGAAGCUUUCAAAAACACAAGACAAACAUUAUUCUUGUGGUAGCGGGUCAAGCCUUGAAUCUAUUCAUAGAGCAACAUGCGUCAAACAUCUUGAAGUUACCCAAUUCAGUUAUGGAAGUGCACCAGUUACCACAACACGAGCUACAAUAAUUAAAGAGCAUGAUAGAUUUGGGAAAGUUCCAUUUGACUAUGCCAGCUUUGAUGCCCAGGUCUUUGGGAAACAUACUAUUGCAACAGUAGUUCACAGCCAAGAGACAAGUAAUGGAGAAGCAAAACAAUUUACAAGUCCAGUCCAAUCUUCCAACCGGCUGCCUAGCGCCCACACACAGAGUCCCUGCCAUGCCAGCUCUUACAGCUAUGGUCAGUGUAGUGAAGACACCCACAUAGCAGCAGCUGCUGCCAUCCUCAACCUUUCCACCCGCUGCAGGGAAGCAGCAGCAGAGAUCCUGUCCAACAAACCAUUGGGUCUGUCUGCCAAGGCUGCAGAGAUUGAAGUCGAUGAAAAUGGAACUUUGGACUUGAGUAUGAAAAAGAAUCGACUCCAUGACAAGGCUGGCACAUUAGGCUCUUCCAAUUCCAUUCUAUCAACUCCUUCAUCUUCUCCUUUUAAAACCAGUAGCCUAUUGGUCAAUGCUGCCUUUUACAAAGCCCUAUGUGAAAAGGAGGGUUGGGAUGCCCCAAUCAACUACAGCAAGGUCCAUGGUAAAAAUGGAGAGGACAAUGAGCUGGAUCAUGUGAGCUGCUCAGAAAACACAGAUGAAGCCAAAUUUUCUGGGGAUGUCUCUAUGCCAAGUCCUAAAACCAAGUUUCACUCAAGAGACAUGAAAAAGGAAUUAAUUACAUGUCCAACUCCGGGGUGUGAUGGCAGCGGUCACGUAACUGGAAACUAUGCUUCUCAUCGCAGUGUCUCUGGUUGCCCACUGGCUGACAAGACACUGAAGUCACUUAUGGCUGCAAAUUCCCAAGAACUUAAGUGCCCAACCCCUGGCUGUGAUGGAUCUGGACAUGUCACUGGAAAUUAUGCUUCUCACAGAAGUCUGUCAGGCUGUCCUCGGGCCAGAAAAAGUGGCGUUAAAGCAUUUCCAAGUAAAGAAGAUAAAGAGGACCCAGAACUUAAAUGUCCUGUUGUAGGCUGCGAUGGCCAAGGCCACAUAUCAGGUAAAUACACAUCUCAUCGAAGUGCUUCUGGCUGUCCAUUGGCUGCUAAAAGGCAAAAGGAGAGUACGUUAAAUGGCUCAUCGUUGUCAUGGAAGCAGAAUAAGCAGGAGCUGCCACACUGUCCACUUCCAGGCUGCAAUGGACUUGGCCAUGUCAAUAAUGUUUUUGUCACACACAGAAGUUUAUCUGGAUGCCCUUUAAACGCACAAGCCAUAAAGAAGGGGAAAACAUCGGAGGAACUGAGUGUAAAAAUAAAGACAAGUGGAGGCAUAGAGAAUGGGGAUGAUAUCAGGAAUUUAGAUGAAGAGAUCAAAGAAUUGAAUGAAUCAAAUUUGAAGAUAGAAGCUGACAUGAUGAAACUUCAAACCCAGAUCUCUUCAAUGGAGACAAAUCUGAAAACAAUAGAGGAGGAGAACAAACUCAUAGAGCAGAACAAUGAAAGUCUUUUGAAAGAGUUGGCUGGUCUAAGCCAAGCCCUUAUUUCAAGUCUUGCCGAUAUCCAGCUUCCACAAAUGGAACCAAUCAGUGAACACAACUUUGAAGCAUAUGUAAAUACACUCACAGAAAUGUACAGCAAUAUGGAACGGGAAUACUCCCCAGAAUGCAAAGCCCUUUUGGAAAGUAUAAAACAAGCCGUGAAGGGAAUCCAUGUAUAG